AUGAGACUUAUCACUUUAGGAUUCAUCUUCCUGUCGACCUCCCUGCACUACUCCUACGUGUUUGGCGCAAACAUCAACCGCAAUUUGAACAUCAAGCCCACCAGUCAUAAGUCAAGCAACAAUGAUAAGGCAAACGCAGCGGACAACGGAAGCAGCAAAGGCGGUUCACACCAUGCAACGAAUGGGGCGCCCGGUACACCAAAUGGAAAUGCGAAUGGCAAGAAGGGUGCCACGGGUACGUCUGGUGCCGCGGGACACACACCCGCAGGUACACCUGGAGGACCAGUGACCCCAGGAAUGAACCCUAGUUUAGAAGAAAUGAUGAAACCAUUGAACGAUAUGUUUGGCGGAAAUGGAGAAGCAUUAAACGUAGACAAUAUUAUGAACAGUGAAAUGUUUCAUGACUUUUAUAAUUCCCUCAUGGGAGGUAAUCCAAGUGAUGGUGCUAACAAUGGACAAGACAAUUUAUUUAAAGAUAUGAUCAGUGCAAUUAAUUCACAGAUAGCAGCACUUACGAACGGACAAAAUGGUGCCAACGGAACAAACAACCCUGUGUCCCCAGAACAGUUGAACAAAAUAAAUGAACUCAAAGACAAAUUAGAAAAUGUGUUAAAGAAAUCAGGUAUAGAUGUAGAGCAGCUGAAGAAAACUAUGGAAAAUGAAAAUCUUAUGCAGAAUAAAGAUGCUGUUAAGGAUUUGAUGGCAAACCUACCCAUGAACCCAGCGAUGAUGCAGAACAUGAUGGGAGGAAAGGAUGGAAAUAUGUUGAACAUGGAUCCUAGCCAAAUGACUGAUAUGUUUAACCAGCUGAGUGGAGGGAAAAUGAAUAUGAAGGAUCUUGGAUUAGGUGGUCUCAUGACCCCACCAGGUGUAAAUGACCAAGAUGCUCAAGGUAACACUAAGGGAGGAACGGCUUACGUAACGAACUCGAGUAGUAGCGACAAGAAUUUUGCUGACAAAUUAAAUGCAUUUGACCAUGGUGAUGGUGAGGAUGAAGGAAUGUUUCGACUGUAUGGUCUGAAUGAUGAACAUGGAGUUACAGAUGAUGGUGCUAAUGACUCCGCUAAGAAAGAUAAUGCAGUGGAUGUGAGCGGAACAGACGUUAGCAGUAAUGUGUCUGAUGCAGAAUCUACAAAAGAUGAUUCAGAAGAGUCAAAUGAAUCGAAUACAGAGUCCAUCCCUGCUCCGCCAAGUGAUAGUAGUAGUGAAGACAGCGCAAACACGAAUGAGGUAGAAUUCAAUAAGGAAGAAUUAAUUACAUCCUCUGGAGGUAGUAAAGGGGAAUCAAACAACAAGGCAACCACCAAGGGGCAGAAUAAUAAUAAUACCUUUUUGGACAUGAACAAUUUGAAGAAUGGUAUGAGUGGCUCCACGUAUGGACAGGACAAUGGAGGAGACAAAACAAAUGGAGGAAAUAAAAAGCCAGUGACGAAUAAACCUAAGCGAGGAAAGAAAAAAAAAAUGACAAAGAAGAGAAACCCAGGACAAAUUCCAGUCAACAUGGACACCUUGCAAAAGCUACUAAAGGAAUAUUCUAACACUCCAAACCAGAAAGUUAUGGAAGAAAUUAUAAAAAAAUACGUCUCCAUGAAUAAUGAAAAUAAUACAGACGAUGGCAAUGAUGAUGAUGCGGGGGAUGAUGAUACAGAGGAUGAACAAAAUGGAAAGGGAUCAAGUUCUGAUGAGGACGCAGAAUUGAGCAUGAACGAAUUCAGCGUUAAAGAUAUUAAAAAGCUCAUCUCGGAAGGUAUUUUAACAUAUGAAGAUUUGACCGAGGAAGAAUUACAAAAGUUAGCUAAACCAGAUGAUAUGUUUUACGAAUUGUCUCCUUAUGCAAAUGAAGAGAAGGAUCUUUCAUUAAAUGAAACUUCUGGUGUAUCCAACGAACAACUUAAUGCAUUUUUAAGAAAAAAUGGAUCCUACCAUAUGAGUUACGACUCCAAAGCGAUCGAUUACUUGAAGCAGAAAAAGGCAGAAAAGAAAGAGGAGGAACAAGAGGAUGAUAGUUUCUAUGAUGCAUACAAACAAAUUAAAAACUCCUAUGAAGGUAUUCCUUCCAACUAUUACCAUGAUGCACCUCAACUGGUUGGAGAAAAUUAUGUGUUCACAUCUGUGUAUGACAAGAAGAAAGAGUUAAUAGAUUUCCUCAAACGCAGCCAUGGCAUCACCGACGACAAUGACAGCUCCAAUGGAAGUGCAAGGGGGAAAGGAAACUCAAUACACGGGGCCACAUACAAAUCCAAGUACUACGAUAAGUACAUGAAAAAAUUAAGUGAGUACAGAAGAAGGGAAGCAUUUAAAAUAUUAAAGAAAAGAAGAGCACAGGAAAAGAAAUUACAGAAAAAACAAGAAACGCAAAAUAAUAAUAAUAACGAAGUGGACUAUUCAGAAUAUUUUAAAAAAAGUGGCUUCAUGAACAGCAGCAAUGGAACAGUUAAAACGUUUUCCAAGGACCAACUCGACAACAUGGUCAAACAAUUUAAUGGCGAUGGAGGUGACGUCCUGAGUAGCAGCGGUUCUGGUGCAGGCAUGGGUGGUGAUUAUUCCGGUAUGAACGGAGGAGGACAAUUCUCUUCCUCCAGCGGAAAUAGUAACCCCGCGGGAUAUGUCACCUUCGAUGGACAGAACGUUGUCGGAUCCAAUGAAAAUGAGGACGGAGAGCCCAACGAGGACAUCCUGAACGAGGAGGAGGAAGACAACCCCGAGGACGAUGACUGA